UCAUGUCAAUUGAUAAGUUAUUUAAAUCUUAAAAUCCAAAAUCAAUAGAAUAGUUAGGCUGGGAGGGAGGAAGGAAGGAAAUUAUUCAGAUCAUCGAAAUAAUGGGUGGAGCUGUAGCAAUCUCAGUUGUGGCAACCCUUGGAAAUAUGAUACAAGGAUGGGAUAGUGCGGUCAUUGCUGGCACCAUCAUCUACAUACGAAAGGAGUUCCAAUUAGAGACUAACAUGGAAGGGCUAGUAAUAGCCAUAGCUCUAAUUGGGGGCAUUCUAAGCACAAGCAUCUCCGGUAGUGCCUCUGACCGAAUCGGCCGACGACCCAUGCUCUUAAUUUCGUCGGCAUUGUACCUUUUGAGUGGUCUAAUAAUGAUGAGGUCUCCAAAUGUUUAUGUUCUUCUCUUAGCUAGACUACUCAAUGGGUUUGGUACCGGUUUCAUCGUUACACUUGUUCCCAUUUACAUCUCCGAAACGUCGCCCUCAGAUAUCAGAGGAUCACUUAAUACGUUGCCACAGUUUAUGGGGUCCAGCGGGAUGUGUGUGUCUUCUUCCAUAGUGUUUGCGGUGUCAUUGACCGAUACUUUCAGCUGGAGAUUGAUGUUGGGAAUUCUUUGUCUUCCUUCUCUUCUCUAUUUUUCUUUGAUUUUGUUUUGCUUGCCUGAAUCUCCAAGAUGGCUUGGAAGCAAGGGUAGAGUAGCUGAGGCCAAACAAGUCUUGAAGACAAUUCGUGGCACCACAGAUGAUAAUGUGAUUAAAGGGGAGCUGGCCUUGCUGAUUGAGGGUCUUGAAACUGGAGAAAAAUCAUCCAUGGAGGAAUACUUAAUAUCCCCAGCUAAUGAUAUAUUGAAUCCUAAUAAUCGGCCGGAAACACCAAACAAUAAUAAUAGCAAUAAUAAUGAAGAAAUAAAUGAUCAAAUAAGAAUCUACGGGCAUGAUAGUGGUCAAUCAUGGGUGGCCAAACCAGCUGGCACAGGACGAAGUGUGAUGUUGGCUUCUCGUCAAAGCAGCCUGGCUCUUGAGGUUGAUCCUUUAGUCACUCUAUUCGGCAGCGUUCAUGAGAAACUCCCCGAGAGUACCCUAGGAAGCAACUUCUUCUCCGGAAUUGAUCAUCAUCCUCAAGAUCAUCACCACUGGGAUGAGGAAAAUCAACACAUAGAUGAUAGUGAUGACUAUGAAGUAGACACAGAAGGAAUAGAGGAAGAGCAUUUGAUGAAUUUGAGAAGCCCAUUGCUGUCCCAUGAUCUAAGUAGAUCAACCCCACGAGCAGGUGAAGCAGUGAGACGGAGCAGUAGUCUUUGUAUAGAAGGGAAUAGUCCAAGUGAAGUAGUGAGCCAGGGUGCGAAUAUAGGAGGAGGGUGGCAAAUAGCAUGGAAGUGGAUUGAGCGAGUAGGCGAAGAUGGGAACAAGGAAGGAGAGCUUCAAAGAAUCUUUAUUCAUCAGGAGGCUAUAACUGCGCCGUCCCGAACCGGAUCCAUAAUCUCAGUUCCAGCUGCUGCAGCAAUUGCAGAAGAGAGUAGUGAAGCAGUGCUAAUGGUUCCUGUAGCUGCUUUGGUUAGUCAUUCGGCUUUUGGUCCCGAGGGACCAAUCAAAAUGUGUACUCAAGAAGACGGUGGGAUAGAACCGGUUAUCAAUAUGGAUCAACCAGUACAGAAUGAUGUUGCUAAACCGGUGAGUUGGAGUGAUCUUAUGGAACCAGGAGUUAGGCGAGCUUUGGCCGUUGGAGUUGGACUUCAGGUUUUUCAGCAGUUGUCUGGCAUAAAUGGAGUUUUGUACUACGCUCCCCAAAUUUUGGAGAAAGCAGGGAUAUCAGUACUUCUAACAAAUAUGGGGAUGAGUCUUAUUUCUUCGUCUUUGCUUUUAAAUGCAAUAAUAACAUUCUUGAUGCUUCCUGCCAUUGUUGUGUGCAUGCGCUUGAUGGACAUAUCUGGUAGAAGGGUAUUGUUGUUGUACACUAUACCUGUGCUUAUAGUGUCUCUUAUUUUACUAGUAAUUAGCAAUUUUUUCAAGUUAGGGACUGUAGUAACUGCAAUAAUCUCAACCCCAAGUGUUGUAAUCUACUUAUGCUCGUUUGUGAUGGCUUUUGGAUCGAUUCCAAACACACUAUGCUCAGAGAUCUUUCCUACUCGUGUGCGUGGGUUAUGUAUUACCAUAUGUGCAACGACAUAUUGGUGUACAAAUAUUCUGGUCACUUAUUCUUUUCCUAUCCUCUUAGAAUGGAUUGGGCUUGCUGGAGUGUUUACCAUUUAUGCUGUUGGUUGCAUCUUGGCAUGGGUAUUUGUUUAUCUCAAGGUUCCUGAGACAAAAGGCAUGCCAUUAGAAGUUAUUUCUGAGUAUUUUGCACUUGGGUCCACCAAAUUGGCCUAAUCGCCACUUUUGCACAAACCAAUUACCAUACAAAAUUGACUAUCUCUCGAUUCGUUUCCAACAAUAUUGUUAGUAUUUUAUGUGUUUUUCUCUCUGCUUGUAACAAUGUACCACCAACUUACACAUGUAAUUUUAUUCAGCUGUACUGUUAAAUUGUAUUAUUCUUUUUUUUUUAAUUGGAAAUUAUAUAGGAUAACUGUUGAAAUAUUAAACUUUUUUUAAUAUAGUUAAUUUUCUUGUUGUU